AUGGCGUUAGCCUGUACAGCAGCCAGGCUCGUCCACCCCUGCAUGGGCAUGGUGUCCAAGCACCCAAGAACACCGCCGCCGCCGCCGCCGUCCUCCUGCUGCCUACACCUCCACAUCCUCCACCAUAGGCCCGUCGCCAGCAGCCACUUCGCGCGCCACUCCGUCGACGUGUCCAAGGACGACAAGCCGCUUGAGACGCCGACGGCGACGACCACAGAGACAGAGAGCCCCCAGCCCGCCGCCGCUUUACAGGAGGAGGCCGAGGACGACGACGGCGGGCCAAAGCUGGACCCUCGGCGGUUCGAGGAGAAGUUCGCGGUGCUUAACACGGGGAUCCACGAGUGCCGCUCCUGCGGGUACCGCUACGACCAGGCGGCGGGGGACCCGUCGUACCCGGUGCCGCCGGGCCUCCCCUUCGCGCAGCUGCCCGACGACUGGCGGUGCCCCACCUGCGGCGCCGCGCAGUCCUUCUUCGAGAGCAAGAGCGUCGAGAUCGCCGGGUUCGCGCAGAACCAGCAGUUCGGGCUGGGCGGCAACUCCCUCACCUCCGGCCAGAAGGGCCUGCUCAUCUACGGCAGCCUCCUCAUCGGCUUCCUCUUCUUCAUCUCCGGCUACUUCCUGCAAUGA